AUGUCUCCCACCCAGAGCAAGCUCGCUACCUACGAACUCCCUCUUCGUGUACUAACUCUUCUUACCACCGCCAUCUCACUACCCCUUCUCAUCGCCACAACGAUUGUAUCGCUCAACUAUCACGUCUGGUGGCGCUACCGCCCCGUCACAGCCUUUUGCUUCGGAUACAUCCCGCUCGCUCUCACCGCCUUCGCCUCAGCUAGAACCCUCAUCCACCACAGGAGAUAUGGACGUAUGCCCCAAGCAAGCUUCAAACUAGUCGAUGGCGUGGCAUUCAUCGCGUACGUGAGCAUCCUGACUGCAAUUUGGGCAGUUGAAAUCGGAAACCUGGAAAGGCCAGGAUUUGGGCUUUUGGCUGGAUACACAACUGCGCCUAUGAUUGUCAAUAUGCUCAUACAUGGUUACAUUUUCGCUCUCAAUGCGCGAUCAGUGGCCUCGCUUUUUAUGGCUGCACAAGUACACAAGUGUCCCAACUGCCAUAGUAGCUUCACCGCUCGCGCACCGCAGGUCGAAGAGAGAAAGCAGAGUGGAGAGGGAUACAGUUUGCUGCGUGGAGAAGACUAUCUCGAUGUGGAUGCCGAUGCAGUGCACUACACCGAUGGUAGCUCCGGCCCUUCGGAUGCGCAGAUGCUACAUCCUGAUAACGAGUCCAAGGGCGAGCCCAAGAGCGAGUCCAAGGAGGAGGGCAAGAAGGUGAUUAUCGAUGUCUGA